AUGGUUUUGGACACUAAUGUGUGGGAUACUAAGUCACAACAAUUCCAUGGUGGGCAAGAUUGGAAAUUUUUAGAUAAUUUUGUAGAAGAUUUUUCAGUUACUACUAAUGCGUUAGGUACACCAAAAGAAGCUUUGAAAGCAUCAAAAGAUUCAGUUGAUACAUGUCAUCAUUAUCCACCUGCUAAUCAAGAGCCUGCAAAAACUUCACUCGCAAAAUUUCUUUGGCCUGAUGAUUAUCAAACACAUCAUGAUAGAUUAUUACUUGGGAAUGGUGCAAGUGAAUUAAUUGAUUUAGUUGUAAGACUUGCACCUAAAGGUACUUGGAAACCUGGUCCCUGGGAUGUUCAAUAUAAAGAAUAUCAAAGAUCAGCAGAAACCAAUGGACGUAUAAUUCUUGGAUCUAAUGAGGUUAAACCUGCUACACUUACAUGUAUUGUAAAUCCAUGUAAUCCUACAGGCGAUUAUAAAAAUGUUGAAGAAUUGAAACAAUGGAUUAAAGAAAAUGUCGAGGAUGGUGGUGUAGUUAUUGUCGAUGAAUCAAUGCAACCUUGGUUAUCAGAAAAUUUUCGACCAGAUUCUCUUACUUCACAACAUGAAUUUCUUUUAAAAUUUUAUGAAACCAAUAAAGUAUCUGUUUAUAUUAUACAUUCAUGGACUAAAUUUUGGUCAUGUACAGGAUUAAGAUUGGGAUCAGUAGUGUGUCCUACAUCAAAACAUUGUGAUGAUCUCAAAAGAAUACAAGUACCAUGGAGUGUCAAUACACCAGCACUUGCAUUCCUAGACAAUGUAGUAAAGGAUCAAACAUAUAUGAAAAAUACAUGGGAACUUACACCAAAAUGGCGUUUGGAAUUAAUAGAAAAAUUAAAAAAAGUGUCCAAUUCUUUAGUGGAAACAGUAAAAAAAAAAUCUAUUAAUAACAACAACAAUAAACAAAAUAAUCCUGAUGUUGAUGAUGUUUCAUGGAAAUUCUAUGGAAAGGAAUUUUUGUCAUGGGUUUGGAUUGAUAUGCGAACAAUUGAAAUUGCCGAAAGUGCAGUUAAUAAAGCCAAAUUGUCUGGUGUACCUGUGAGAAGUGGGCGACCUGGUUAUAAUCGACCUACUUUUGUUAGAGUUGCUGUCAGAGAGCCAUCUAAAGUAGAUAUUCUAAUUAAAGCUUGGGAACAAUUGCAUGUCACGAAUAACUAA